GGAUCAGACUCUAGGGACUGGAACACGUUUCCAUAAGUUGAUAAUGCAGUGCGAUCAGAAACCCCCCUUCACUGCUGCUCAACUUUUCCUUGAUUUUUGCCACACAAAUCAUUUGUGUGGGUGUCGUGGGAUCCUGUCCAAAGAUGGUAGCCAUGAAGACGCCACACACAUAAAAACCAGGUGGUGCUUUGAUCACAUCACUACAGGCUUUUUAGACCCUACUCCAUGGAUGCGCCUGGUCAUUUGUUUCUGAUUUUAAUUUUUAUGUCUUUCCUUUCCAUUAGAGUCAGACAUGAGAAGACAGAUACCGUUCGCUGCAUUAAGUCCUGUCGACCAAACGAUGCUAACUGUGUCUUAGACCCCGUUCACACGAUUUCCCACACUGUUAUCUCUUUGCCCACUUUCCGGGAAUUUACAAGGCCAGAAGAGAUUAUUUUCCUUCGUGCCAUUACGCCGGCAUACUCAACCAACGAGGCUGACAUCAUAUUUGAUAUAACCGAGGGAAAUUUACGAGAUUCUUUUGACAUCAUCAAGCGCUAUAUGGAUGGCAUGACUGUGGGUGUCGUUCGACAAGUGAAGCCCAUCAUCGGUCCCUUCUAUGCCACCCUGAAGCUAGAGAUGAACUACGUUGUCGGAGGGGUUGUCUCACAUCGUAAUGUUGUCAACGUGCACAUCUUUGUUUCGGAAUAUUGGUUCUGACGGGCUAUUUAAUGAAGAGAAGAGAGCUUAAAAAGAAGAAAGUGGAACUCCAUGGCACACUCACUGAAAGCUCUGUAUUCUUGGUGGGGGGAGGACCUGGAGAAGAAGGACCACGAAGCCUUCUUUUCAAAGGCUGUAUCUGGUUUCUAGUUUAAUUACAGGACAAAUAGCAAACUAUCUAAAAUAGAAGUAGGAUGUCAGUACGGUAUCUGUAAAUUCACGGUAGCUAUGUUGUGUUGUAUAUACAGUAUGACCAUGUUUUGUUUUGGUGGCCCUGAACCUCUUGGUGAGUUUUCAACUUGGCUAAUUUUUCAAGCGCUUGAGGCAGGAUUUUGCAGAUCCGAGUCUUGCUGUCCUUGAUGCUUCCACCUCCUUGAACUUUUUGCCUGGCUACGAUUUUUUUUAAGUGUAGAAAUUAAAAAAAAACAAACACCACUUUGCCAUCUGGAGUCAGAACUAACUCCAGCUGAUCGAAUUUCUCCCUGCAAGCAUCGGACCCCCUUUCUCCAGUCACCAACAGUGGUAAGUCCAGGGGGUCACUUGGUCAUAUUUUAGUCAGUCCCCAGUCUUACAUGGCUGUGUGUUUUUGUUUCUUUUAAAUUUGAGAAUGUCACUAAAGGGACUUUGGACAACAAAGUGAAUGGUGGAAAAUUAAGCCCUAGUGUGCCCGAGCACACUUCAGCACACGCUCUCUCUGAUGCUGUAGUCAAGCCAAAGUAUGCAUCUCAGUCCAAGAAGAUUAUGGCUAGUUCAGUGGGUAUCAAUGUUAGAGUGCAGGGGUCGCUCCUCAGAGAGGACACGCAAUCUUCAGCUCACCUCAGGGAGUUCUCCCUUGAAAUUUUAGGUGUGGAAAAUGCUUCGUUGUAAGGGCUGGAAGCUGGGAAGACGGGGCAAACAGAAUUACCUGCGUAAAUGUUGAGCAAGUGCUGUCGACUCAAAAGGGUGAGAGAAGAAAAAGGCUUAGGAUGUAAACCCUA